AUGGGCUAUGAGCCAGGCCGCCGCAAUGGCAAGAAGUCACAGAAUAAAAUGAAGGCAAGCUACACUCUAUAUCUUUUGAUUAUCUCAGUGCAUGAUGAGCAAGGCCACAACUAUCAAGAAGACACUCCUCCUACCAGCAGCCGCCUCACUGGAGAUGAAGUCAACAACACUCUUUUUGUCACACCAGUGACAACUAGGCCAAUGCUGAGAGAGGCUGCCGAAGCAAAUACUGCCCUAUCGAAGAAACGCCACCAGAGCCACACUGAUGAUCCUAGCAAGAACCCUGGCACAACCUACCCUGGCUAUCAUAACUGCCACAUUGCUGCUGAGAUGGAACAGUAUGGGAAUAGGAUCUCAGCCCGCGAAGCAGAGGACAAGUGGACUGAGAUAUCUGAACAAAUUGAUCGGGAAGCGCACUUCCUUCUCCUCCUGCAUAUGAGGCAUGACCUUCUUGAUAUAAAAGAAGAUGUCCUGGAAAAGGUGCUCCCAGAGUAUCAAUCGAGUCAACAGUAUAUGGGAAUGUCCGUGUUGUCCUUAUGGAAAAGGUCAAACAUUACCGCUUCACGUCAAGACUGCAAUGAAUGUAACAGAUGGAUCUGGUAUUCGUUUUGCACGACCUUAGAUGGCCUUGGAGAUAUGUUUCGUACUCGGUAUACGGCUGCAAAUUUUUUUGAGGCAUUUCGAUUCAUACACCAUUAUAUCGACCUUGAGAAAAGCAGCAACCUCGCCCAGUACUAUGUCAAGGAACUUUACGUCAACGCUUGUGCCCGGACGAAAUUGAUGAUGGACUGGAAAUCUGACCCUAAUCGAAAGGCUGUUAGCCUACACUCCCGAGAAAGCUUUACGGAUUUCCUCCAAUGCUUCCCCUUGAUUGCGGAUUACGAUCAGCUCGACAAAGAUGAGUUCCACGAGACCUUUAAACGGCGCUCAAAUACAAAGGCGCCAAAACCUAUCUUGAAGAAACAUGCCCUUAUUCAAGGACAAGAAUAUAUCUUGAGUAGGGCUUCUCCGCUGCUGCCAAAGUGCCGCAAAGAAACUCUAGUCCCUGGGCGUAGUGCUCGGGCGAUAGAGUGA